GCUGCGAGGCCCGGAAGGGGCCCGCUAGUCGAUACAUAUAUACUUCUGUCCUGGUACUGUAACGGUGGCGGCGGCUUCGGCCGAGGAGUGGAUAGGAUAGAUGGCGUGUGCGCUUUGGCUGUAAUCCUUCCUCCUCUCUCGUUCGAAUUCUUAUGAACACAGCUGAGAUCUGAGUGAAUCCAUAGCUAAAUUCGAGAGAACAUAGUUCGUGCUUACAAUUGGCAUCAGAGCCACAGAUCCUGGCGCCGCAAAUUCCCCUCCACCACCCGCACGCGACGAGAUUUGCGGCGCGACGCCGCCGGGAAGUGAUGGAGAGCUUGUCACCGGCGACGAAGGCGGUGUACGAAUUCCUCAAGGCCGACCUGGCGGAGUCCCUCGACGCCCGCUUCAAGCGACAAGAUGAAGAGGCAGCGAAGUCGAUGCGCUCCAUCGUGGGGGAUCUGACGACGCGCAUCGACGACCUCAAGAUGUCGAUCGGUGUGGACAUGGACGAGCUCCGCGACGGCCUGGAACGGCCGCCGCCCACCCCGGCGACGACUCCUACCGGACGGCCCCCACAAGCGGAGCAAGGCGCGUACAGCAACGCCGACACGGCACCAGAGGGCAGCCGCAGAGCUACUCCAGCCAAGGGAAAAGAUCAUGUUCCUUAUGUUCCGCCGCCCGCCAGAGGUACGAAACCAGAUCAGAGCUCUGUACUCAGUUCGCGGUUGGCUGAACUGCAACGAGAAAAUUCUGAUUCCUAUGGUUUUGGCCCUCGCAUCGACCUGCCCCGUUUCGAUGGCUCAAAUCCGAGGCUCUGGCAAACGAGAUGCGAGGACUAUUUCAGCAUGAGUGGUACGCCGCGGCAUCUCUGGGUUCAAUUCGCAUCCACCUUGUUCGAAGGGCCAGCAGCACGAUGGUUGGAGUCAGUUCAGCGUAGAGCGCCAAAUGCACCGUGGGAGGAUUUCUGCAGGUUACUACAGUGCAGAUUUGGGCGAAACCAGCAUCAGGCGCUGGUACGCAAGUUUCACAGCAUUAAUCAGUCGGGCUCAGUGGAGGAUUAUGUGGAGCAAUUUGCUGAGCUCUAUGAUCAGUUGUCUGCAUACGAAGCCGUGCCUGAAUCAGUGCACUAUGUCACAAAAUUCAUAGAUGGACUGAAUCCUUCCGUCAGAGUUUUGGUGGCACUACAGCAGCCGACAGACUUGGAUGCCGCUUAUGAGUUAGCCUUGUUACAUGAAUCCUUGACCAGCUCGACUCCUCAGUAUCAGCAAUCGAACAGGCGACAACAAUUUUCACAACCAGCACCCACUGUUAAGUCAGUCGCUAGCAAGGCCUCUGACGACAGGCGAAGCAGUUCAGAUGUGCAAAAACAGAAAAUGGGGGAAGAUAAAUGGGAGGCUCUGAGAUCUUACCGUAAGGCCAAAGGACUGUGUUUUAUGUGCGGAGAAAAAUGGAGCCGUGAUCAUCAGUGCAAACAAACAGUAUCGCUUCAUGUGGUGCAGGAGAUGGUGGAAUUCUUCCAAUGCACAUCUUCAGAGGAACCUGGAUCAGAUGAGGACGAUGAAGUCAAUUUAAUGGCCAUAUCUGAGGCGGCUGAAGGAAGGUCUGCUCGUAGUAAAGCAUUUCAGUUGACUGUUACACUACAUGGUCAGGAGAAAAUUUUCCUAGUGGACUCUGGUAGCACCCACUCCUUCCUGGAUACUACCUUAGCUAACCUACUGACAGGAGUGCAGACAUGUUCAAAUGGAGAGAUAAUGAACUGUUCUAGUUUUGUUCCAAAAUGUAAAUGGUCAGUGCAUGGUGUCCAGUUCGAGCAUGAUCUCAAGAUUUUGCCUCUUAGCUGUUAUGAUGGAAUAUUGGGAAUGGAUUGGUUGGCAAAACACAGCCCAAUGACCGUGGACUGGGAACAGCAAUGGAUGUCAUUUCCUCUGCAUGGAAAAACAGUAACAAUUCAAGGGGCAACACCUGUGGAAUUUGCUUAUACCAUCAUAGAAUUGUCUAUCAUUACUGAUGAAAAUGCUCAAACUGUUUUGCCAGAAAUUCAGGAGCUGCUGGAUGAGUUCAAGGAUGUAUUUGCCAUUCCUACUGGAUUACCACCAGAGAGGGCUUGUGAUCAUUCUAUACCUCUUAUUCCAAGUGCAAGACCACUUUCUCACAGACCUUACUGAUUAGCUCCAGAACUA